AUGAACUCCACCCAAACUCCUUCCUCUUCCGACAUGAUCAUUCUUGUAAAUACCACUCAAUACAUUCUCUCUUCAAAUUCCAUUGCAGAUUUAACCAUUUCAUGUGUCGGACUCUUUGCAUGUCUCUGUAUGGUAUUAUUUUCAUGGAUUUUCUCAACGCAUUAUUUGUGUCAUUGUGCGAUGGAAACACUUCGAGAACGAUCCAAAAUGAGAAAAUUAAAAAAACAAGGAAAUGCUUCUCGAUCGUAUUAUGAAAGUUUAAUUCCUUAUAAUGGAAGUGUCAAAUUCUUUGAAACUUCACAACCCAUUCUCUUUGUAUUAUCUUCACUUUCUAUAUUGUUUUGGUAUAUUGGUACAAUAUUAUAUUAUAAUUUAAUAAGAAUGCAUUGGUAUGGUCCUGAAGAGCCUGAACAAGUAGGAUCCUUCUCCACUCGAAGAUUGUAUUGUAUUUUCACUUAUAUUUGGUUUCAUUAUAUUUGGGGAUCCAAUUUAUGGGGAUUGAUAUUAUUGGCUCGAUUAUUCUCAUUAUUCAUGUAUAAUGUGAGAUUUGAUUUGAACUCUCGAAUCAAGAUGUAUUCGAAAAAACAAUACAUUUCACUCUUGAUCAUUCUAUUGACUUUUAGUGUGAGUGUAUGCAUUGGAGUGGUACAUUCAGUAUUUAUGAAAUUUAAUACUACUAAUACUACAAGUACUAAUACUACUACAAGUACUAGUACCACUGUUGAUGAAUAUUCUUCAUUCAAUAGUAUGAUAAACACACCUAUUGUGUGUAAUCGAUUAAAUUCUAUAUCCACUAUUAGUGAUCCUUCCAUUGCACAAUACGAUCCAAAUACUAUUGCUUUGGUAGUUUCACAAUAUUUAAUUAUAGGUGGAAUUGUACUGUUAUGGAUAUUGAACUGUAGUGUCUAUUUCAAACAAUGUUUGUGUUGUGCAUGGAAACUUCAUGAAUUUCCAAAUAUUCUAUAUAGACGAGCAGAGUUUUAUAUCUAUCUCAUCACUUCAAUUGUGUACAUGAUGGAUGUGACACAAUUCAAUGUGAUAUCCUUUUUAUAUGGUUUUCAUCAAACAUCCAUUGAAGACAUUCCACUUGGAAUUCGAUAUAGUAAUGUUUUAGCAAUUCCAUUGUUAGAAAUAAUAUUAUUCUUUGGAGUCAAUGCCAAUGUAUUGUUCAGAUUUUAUUGUAUUUGCUGUUGUGGAAAUAAGGAAUACAUUCGAUCGUACAGGACAUAUGAAGAUCAACAACUAUCAUGUAAUAUUGUUCUCAAUACAAGUAUGAGAAGUACUACAUCCAAAUUACUUGCAGCAAGCUCGACCAACUCGAGUUCUCAUAACAUGACCGUGAAUGAUUCUUCAACAAAUAUUUCAACUAGUGGAGCUAGCACAGCAAGAAAUAUGACAAAUGUCAUGACAGAAUUAGAUGAAUAUUUCAAAAGACCUACAAAUACCAUUACUUCCAUUGCAACUCAUAACGUGUCGAGUGCUUCUGGUGAUGUUCAUAUCAUGAUGAGCCCUAAUAGUAAUACCAAUAGCAGCAGUAGUCAUUCAUUCUCAACACCACCAUCACAACCCAUCUUGACGACUCAUUACAUUCCAUCCAGAAAUAUCUAUGUGACAAGUCCUAAAAAUAAUAGAAAUUCGAUGAGAUCUGAACCUUUACCAUUCCAUGGUUUGGAAAAUUCAGGAAAAAGAACUAGUAUGAAAAGUAAUCGAUCAAGUAUUCGUUCAAGCUCUUCUAAAAAAUCAUCAGACUCUAGAGUACAUUUCUUGGAAUCACCGAAAUUUGAAAAAUAG